AUGCCGGAAGGCCCAGAAUUGAAUUUAUCAGCAAAGUAUGUCAAUACUGUGUGUAAAAAUAAAACAUUCAGGGGGUCAGUUGUGAAAUCGGUGGAGAAUGCUAAAAAUCCCGAAAUAAAUUGGAACGAAUGUCAUUAUUCAAUCUAUGCAGAAUCCAGGGGGAAAGAAUUGAGAUUAACGCUUUCAACUGUGGAUCAGUCUAAGCCUACGAAACUGAAAGAAUUGAAAAUUGUGUUUAAUUUUGGCAUGUCGGGUAGGUUCAAUUACUGUGAAGAAUCUGAAAUGGUCAAACAUUCCCAUCUAACAUUUUUCACAUCAGAUAGUCCACCUAUGAUUUUGAGUUUUGUAGAUGUUAGAAGGUUUGGAAGAUGGAGAGUGGAUGAUAAUUGGGCUCCAGAUAGGGGGCCUUGUGUUAUGUUGGAAUAUCCUAGUUUUAGAGAGUAUGUGUUAGAAAAUCUGGAUAAAACUGCUUUUAAUAAACCUAUCUGUGAAGUUUUAUUAAACCAGUCAUAUUUUAAUGGUGUAGGAAAUUAUCUUAGAGCUGAAAUUCUUUACAGGGCUGGUAUUAGACCAUUUGACAAAGCCAGAGAUGUUCUACAAGAAUUAUUAGAUGAUCAUGGUUCGGUUACACAAAAACUCAAAAAACAAAGUAAAGCAGAUAUAUUACAACUCUGUAGCCAACUCUGUCAUGAAGUUAUUAACUUAGGUGCUACUAUUUAUAAUCCUGUACCUGAUGCUGACUAUUCUAAGUUUACUGAAUGGUUACAAUGUUUUUAUAAAGAUGGUAUGCUUAAUAUGGUAGACCAUAAUAAAAGAACUAUUUGGUAUUCUGGAGAUCCAGGACCAAUGGUACCAAAAGGUAUGUUAAGGUCAUUUAUAACAUGUUAUGUGGUUUCAUGGUAUUGA